ACUUGUCCUAUUGCCUGUCCUUAAAUGGACGUGAGCCUUCCAAAAUAUUUUAACUGGCCAUCUACAUCUUCUUUAUACCCAACAAGAUUUUGAAACAAUUGCAUUCUAACCAGGGACUGGCACAGCUGCAUUGCCAGCUAUAACUCAACAGCGGAUGGCCCUUGGAUCGGAUUUCUGGCUGCUUCCUGCCCUGUUGAACUGGCCAAGCUGCAGAUAGUUGUUACAGGUACUUAACUUCAGCGUUACUUGUUUGCAAGCUAAGUACAGGUGCCUCCUUCAAUCUAUGGCAUUUACUUUACCUGCGGGACCGACGCGCUCCUUCGCCUUCUCAGUUUCGCUGCUUUUCUCCAACGACCGUCGGAAAACGGUUCUCCGCACUUGGCCCGGGACGCCUUAAACCUAGUUUAAUUUAACCGUGGUCUGCCUGCCAAGUAAGCCCCCGGCCACCUUCUCCCAGCAAGCCGAUCCAGCAAGGCGCCUCCUUUCCCCCGUUGCGCGCUGGACUCCUGCGCGCAAUUGGCGGGCGGCGCGGUGCCCGCGGGCGCUGCCAUCCGUCCUCCCCACCAGCAGGUGACCCUAAACUGGCUUCCGUUCUUCGCCUUGCCAUCGUCGCUGCCCGGACGAAGCUCAGUGAUCUCGGUCACCGGGAGACGCCUCGCCGCCGGGGGCGACCGGGACAAGAAAGCCCGGGGCCUGGCUUGGCCAGAAGGAUGGUGGCCAUGAUGCUGUGGGUGGCCCUAAGCCUAUGUGGCUGGCUCUCCCUCUACACCUGGUCCUGUCAUCACUACCGAGAGCGCGCCUGUGAAUGGAGCUGCCGAUUGGUCACGUUGACUCAUGGCGUCUUCGCCACCUGCCUCUCUGGCUACAUUGGGUUUAUCGACGGUCCCUGGCCAAUGACUUACCCAGGGUACCCAAACACGGUGCUUCAGGUCCAUGCGUUGUGCAUCAGUUUGGGUUACUUCCUGUUUGACCUGGGAUGGUGCGUCUACUUUAAGGCUGAAGGACCUUUGAUGUUGGUCCACCAUUCUGUCAGCAUCCUGGGCAUCAGCGCCUCCCUGGCCUUGGGCGAGUCUGCCGGUGAGGUCAACGCCGUCAUCUUUGGGAGCGAACUCACCAACCCCUUCCUGCAGGCCCGCUGGUUUCUGCGGGAGAAGGGGUUGUACCCCAGCCUGAUAGGAGACGUGGUGGACUUCCUCUUCGUGGUGCUCUUCGCAGGCGUGAGGAUCGGCGUCGGGGCUUGGCUGAUGUACUGUGUGUUGUUGUCGCCCAGGCCCAGGGUCUUCAUCAAAGUUGGAGGCUUCAUCAUGUACGCAGUGUCUUGCGUCUUCAUGGUCAGCAUUUUUAGGUUCGCCCGGCGCAAAACCAUGAAGAAAUAUCAGGCCUGGAGAGCUUGGUGGAACAAAGACGUGGACUUGAACGCUAAUGGAUAUCUCAAGAGUCACUGACCUGAUCGUGGGUUGUUCUCUAAGAUUUAGCAUCGAUAAUUAGUCUGGGCUGUAACUCCAAGGCAGGGGUGAAAUCCGGCAGAUUGUGACAGGUUCUGUCGUGUCCCACUCCUCCGCUGACGGCUGGGUCCGGGAAAUCCGAAUCAGGCUUGCCUCUGCAGCUCUGCCCAAAGUCCUAGCAAAGUCCUCAGAGCAGGCAGGAGACCAGUAAGUGACUUCAGCAAGAUAAGUUUGACUUUUGCCUGACUCAGAGAAUGCCAGAAAGCAGAUCCUUUAUAUAGGCCAUGGGGUGUGGCUCCAUGACUCAGCACUCAUUAAGGCCUGCCCCUCCCUUCCCUCUGUUGCCUCCGCCUCUCCAAUCUUCUGAUGCGAGGGUCACUCCAAUCAGCUGUUCUUGGGAGUAAACCCUCCUCAGGCUCACCUGCUGUGGAGGAGGGGGAGGGGUCUAGCUGCUCCGUUUGCCUGGGCAUGGAGUCAGGGCUGGGGCAGGGAGAUGCUCCUUCUUCUGCAGUUUGUGGGGGCAUGGAGCCAGGACUUGGGCCGGAAGGCAUACAUUCCUCAGUGUUGGGGAGCAGGUAAGAAGGCCCCGGCUGCUCUGAGGGCGGGCAAGACACAACAGGUUCUGGAGAACCGGUAGCGGAAAUUUUGAGUAGUUUGGAGAACCGGCAAAUACCACCUCUGGCUGGGCCCAGAGUGGGGUGGGAAUGGAGAUUUUGCGGUAUCCUUCCCCCGGAGUGGGGUAGGAAUGGGGAUUUUGCAGUAUCCUUCCCCUGCCACGCCCACCAAGCCACGCCCACAGAACCGGUAGUUAAAAAAAAAACCUUUGGAUUUCACCCACUGCGCCAAGGUCUUGUUUGAAUCACCAACAGAGUGAAGGGGCCAAGGCAGAGUUGUAGGUAGAUCACAGGACUACGUCUGGAGAAAUCCAGGGUCCACCUCUCUGCUCAACCGUGAAACGCAAUUGGAUGAGGGUGGACUUGCUGCUACCGGUACUCCGAGACAGCCCUACUUCUCAGAACUGUUGGAGGAAGAAAUGAGACAACUGCCGCCGCUGAUGUCCUAAGCAAUGUGUGGAAAGGUGGAAGAUAAGUAUGAUGCAUGGAAGGUGCAUCAGAUGCUGCAAGCCAGAAUAGAGUCGAUCCCAGUAACCCAGGAGUAUUUCUAAAGAGUCUCCUGGUUGGGUUGGUUGCCACUACCAAACUCUUCCUGGUUUGGAAUUUUCUCUCUCUCGUUUGCUGUCCCUGAACUAGGGGGACUAGAUGAAACGUGGGUAAGAUAUAGAAGAGCAUAGUCCAUGCUGUUAAAUAAUUUAGAAUGGGUUCUUCCUAGGUCUUCUUUGGAAUACAGUGAAGUUAUUGUCCAUCAAGCCUUAGCUUCCGUGACAGUAAAUAGAUAGAAAUCUGUCUGUCUGUCUCUGUCUCCCAAUAUAUCCAUCCAUCCAUCAUCUAUCUAUCUAUCUAUCUGUCUGUCUGUCUGUCUGUCUAUCUAUCUGUCUAUCUAUAUCUAAUCUAUUUUUCCAUCCAUCCAUCCAUUUUUCAUCCAUCCAUCCAUCUUUUCAUCCAGCUAUAGCUUCCAUCUAUCCAUCCAAUCUUCUAUCAAUCCUUCCACCCACCCACCCAAUCUUCUAUCCAUCCAUCCAUUU